UAUUUUUAUAUGUAAUCUGACAGGUUGUGGUCAAACUUGUUCGGAGCCAUUUACUUCAGCUCCAAUUGGCUCACCCUGUGCUUGUCUACUUCCAAUGAAAGUCAAACUUUUGCUGGGUGUAUCACCAUACCUUAUCUUCUCAGAGGUCAAUGAGUUAGCGAUUGAGGUUGCAGCAGGCACCUACCUAAUGCAAAGUCAAGUGAUGAUAAUUGGUGCUACUGCUGAUAUUCGUGAUCAGGGAAGAACAGUGGUUGAUAUUAAUUUGGUGCCGCUGGGGGAUAAGUUUGAUAAUACAACUGCUAUGUUGACUUACCAAAGAUUUUUGCAUAAGAAGAUACCACUAAAUAGGACCCUUUUUGGUGAUUAUGAAGUAUUAUACGUCAUUUAUCCAGGUCUCCCUUCUUCACCACCAUCUGGCAUUUUAUCCGGUGAUGGUCCAAGUGGAAGUGCCGGAAAUCAGCAAUACCCUAUUACUGCAGAUUUAGUUGACAAAAAUCAGAAAAUGAGCCCUCGAGUAAUUUUUGUCAUUGCUUUGUCAACAUUUGUACUCUUGGUAGUUUGUUGUACCACAGUUACUUUACUGUUGAAGUUCAGAAAAGCUGGUAGACCGUCCAACGCUGUUGAUCCAGUAUUUACAUCAUCUAUAAACAAAAGAUCUGUUGCAGGACUUGGCUCUAUGCAGUCAAGUAGCCCAGCCAGUUCAACAUCUGCGUCUCUUGUUUCUGCCAUGCCUGCAUCUGUUCUUUCUGUCAAAACAUUUAGACUUACAGAACUGGAGAAAGCCACUGACAAAUUCAGUUCAAAAAGGAUUUUAGGUGAAGGAGGAUUUGGACGUGUUUAUCUUGGGAUCAUGGAAGAUGCAACUAAAGUAGCUGUGAAGUUACUGACAAGGGACAAUCAGAAUGGAGACCGUGAAUUUAUUGCUGAGGUUGAGAUGCUAAGCCGAUUGCACCAUCGCAACCUCGUGAAAUUAAUUGGUAUAUGCAUUGAAGAACGUACACGCUGCUUGGUCUAUGAGGUUGUUCCAAAUGGCAGUGUUGAGUCCCACUUACACGGUGCUGACAAGAGCAAGGCACCUCUUGAUUGGGAUGCACGGUUGAAGAUUGCUCUUGGUGCAGCGAGAGGACUGGCUUACCUUCAUGAAGAUUCUAAUCCUCGUGUUAUUCAUCGAGACUUCAAAGCCAGUAAUGUUCUACUAGAAGAUGAUUUUACUCCGAAGGUUUCUGAUUUUGGUUUGGCAAGGGAAGCAACAGAAGGAAGUCAUCAUAUAUCUACUCGUGUGAUGGGAACUUUUGGGUAUGUUGCUCCUGAGUAUGCAAUGACAGGGCAUUUACUUGUCAAAAGUGAUGUUUACAGUUAUGGGGUUGUGCUAUUAGAGCUUCUCUCAGGAAGGAAGCCUGUGGAUAUGACUCAACCUCAUGGACAAGAAAACCUUGUGACAUGGGCACGAUCUCUACUGACAAGCAGAGAAGGUUUGGAGCAAUUGGUGGAUCCCUCCUUGUCUGGGAACUAUGAUUUCGAUGACAUGGCAAAGGUGGCUGCCAUUGCUUCCAUGUGUGUUCAUCCCGAGGUGACUCAUCGACCAUUCAUGGGAGAAGUAGUUCAGGCACUCAAACUCAUCUAUAAUGAUGACGCAGGCGAGACUUGUGGGGAUGCUUGUAGUCGUAAGGAGUCUUCAGCUCGUGAUUCAGACUACAAAGGUGAUUCUGUGCCUUCUGAUAGCAGUUGGUGGAAUGCGGGUGGGAUUACCCCACGGUUGACUUAUGGACAUGCCUCGUCUUUCAUAACUAUGGAGUACAGUUCGGAUCAUCUUGAAGUGUUGGAAAGCAGAAGACAAUAUCCAGCUUCAGUCGAGGGUGGAGUUGCAUUGCCAAUAAGGCACGGUAAUAGAUCAGGUCCUCUGAGGACAGUCAGGAGUAACCGAGCUUUUUACAGAUUACAGGGGAGUAUGAGCGAACACGGUGGGCUCCUCUCAAGACGUGCUUGGAAUGAUGGUACCGGGUUUGAAGCUUCUUUUUAGUGUGUUUAAGGUGUACAGUACUGAAGGGCCGUUGUUAUUGAGAAAAUUGGUUUUCUCCGUGUAAUCCUUCGAAAUUUACUCGAUUUCGAUUUCGAUUUCGAUUUCCUUGAGUGGGGGACAAUGGCUUCUAAUUUUGUUAAUCAAAAUUCAUUAACAUACAGACAAGUUGUAAGUUGGAUAAUCAAGUGUAUAUGCAGUCAAUUAAUAUUUGGUUCUUCAUUGUUUGAUUGAA